AUGAAAAUGGAAGGAGUGAAGGGGAAUAAUAUUUUUGAUAGCUACUCUGUAAUUCCAGAUGUCAGUGCAAAAGCAAUUUCUCUCUCAUUUUCUGUCAAGAGUCGCUCUGCACAGGAUCUCAAUCUGCAGCUACAAGAGGCAGCAAGAAAGAAAUUAUGGGCCCUGGAAAAUGACGAUAAAGAUGUUUGUGCUGUUUUCAAGGAGCUGUCAGCCAGGCUGGUAUGCAUCCAGGCACAGGAGAAUCGCUUUCUGCUCUCCUUCAGAACUGUAGAAGAAAUCUGGAAGUUUUCCACUUAUUUGGCACUUGGAUAUGUGGGUUGCUGCCUGGAACAACUUCUCUUCACUCCUGAGUACUGGUUGAACUGUGCUCAGGUAGAUGAUACUGAGAUCACUGUCACUGUUGAUGAGGACUGCAUGGCCACCAUGUAUCUGGGUCUUCUGCUGCAGGAAGGCAGCUUUUUUGCCAGAGCAACACUCACCAUCCUUGCAGAAGAAGAAGAAGAGGAGGAGGAGGAGGAGGAUUUAAAACUCCUCAAGAAUGAAUUAGUCCAUGUGAAAGACAUUGGACAUGAAACCAAGUGGGAAGGGACAUCACUGUUGACCGAUCAGAGGGGUCUGAUAUCUGUCACAACUAUAGAGCCGUUGCCCCAUCCAUUUUACCAGUGGUUUUUGAAGAACUAUCCAAUCAGUUGUGGCAUAUCCAAAGAAAUCAAUGGGCCUGACUCUUUGCAGAUUGGCCAAGGGAGAUGCACAGCUACUGAAGAUCACAGAGGAAAAAGCUGGGAUGAAUUGAGUUACUGCAAAGGGGAUAUCCUAGAGGUGAUCGGCUUUCUCAUUCCGGGCCUCCGUUGGUUUAUAGGGAAAUCCACAACUAGCGGGAUAAUUGGCUUUGUCCAGACCAAAUCAGUGCAGCUUGAGAGUUAUGAAUCAAUGAGAAAGAGCCCAGUGUUCUUCAGUGAAGAAGAAAUUUCUGCCUUCCUCCAGGCUCCAUGUAAUGACAAUGAGGUAUAUUACAGUAAUCUUCUUAAUGAAUGGGCACAGACAGACAUCACCUCUGUAUAUAGACUUGAUGGCUUUGAACCUAUUGCAAUGUAUCCACAAAGACCAUCAGAUGCUGCUGUACAUGGACAUAAGACUGGUUGGAUAUCUGAAAAUUGGGGGAAGCAAUCUUAUAACAGUUUAUUUACUCAUACUGAUUCUGAGAAGUCAACUCCAGUGGUUGAAUCUUCACCUUUCACCCUUGAACAUUUACUUCUGCCAGAGCCAGAUGACCUUGAUGACCCCAAGUUCUUUAUUGAUCUAAAUGCUGGGCAUAUGGAAGACUGUGAUGUGUUUGAUCCUAUACUGACUUUCCUCAAUCAAGAAAGCUAUGUGCCUCAUUUCCAAAGUCUCUAUGACCUCUCCUUUUCCUUCCUCAGUUCUACCUUCUAUGGUUUCACCAAUGAAGAGGAGUUAGUCAUAUAUCUGGAGACAUCCAGGAACUGGGCUAAGAGGGGCCACCUUGCUUGGGCUCAUAUUCGGAUAUGUUAUCUUUUGGGCCGCCUCUGUGUCAGGAAGGCCAAGUUCUCCCAAGCACGAGUCUACUUUGAGGAAGCCAUGAAUAUUAUGGACAAGGGGUUUGAAGAUCUACUUCUACUUACCUCAUUACAUGCAAACCUUGCUGCCAUUUAUCUAAAACAAAAGAUGAAGCAAAAGUUCUUAUCCGUGAUUGGGAAAGGGAUGACACUUCUGGCCUGCAUGUCUGGACACUGCUUCAGUUCUGAGACUGAACUAGAGGUUAUGAUGUAUAUCCUGAGAGAAGCCAUUGCUGUAGGCAACACAACAAUGGAGAUUCGGUCCUGCUUCCUCAUUGUCAGACUCUUCUUGCACCUGGGCAAAUAUGAUGAGGUCCUUCCUUUUGCAGAACGUUUGCAGUUUCUGAAUGCACAGCUUACCAGCCAGGCUAGCAGUGCAUUUCCUUUAGAUACAAUGCCUUUUCUUGCCUAUCUGUAUGGAAAAAAGUAUGUGCCCCAUGUAGCUUUAGCAGCUGCCAGGAUGGUCUCCCCCAGCAAUAUAAAAGGUGGCUUCACACCCAUUUGGAGAGCGGGAUUCAUCCUUGCAAACACCUCUAAACUCUUGAAAGUCCAAGAGAAAAGCAACAACAGCAUCUCAGCAUUGGCUUGCUUCUAUCUGCAUUGUGGGUUGUCCUUCUCCCACGAAGCUGGGACUCUAUCUACUGAAAAAGCCUUGUGUGCACUUUUAUCCAAACUGUACCUCAAAUAUGGCAUGCUAGAAAAGGCUGUGCAUUACUCCAACCAAGCCGUUGCCCUUGGUAAAGUGAUGGGUGAAGAAGAAGCAUUUGAAGCAUCCCUUUCUUUGGGGUGGUUGUUUAUUUUGAACAGCCUACCAGAAAAGACCUCAGAGAUCAUGCAAUACCUCCUGUGUUCUCUGCGGCAGACAGACAGUGUCACACAAGAUGGGGUCGUUCACAAUCUUUUAGCCAUUGCCCUUACAAGAGAAGGGCAGGUGCAAAAGGCAGCAGAGAACUACUUAUGGGCCUUGAAGAAAGCCCAGGAAAAUGGAAAUCAGCGUAACCAAGCCAUUGCCUUAGCCAACUUUGGUUGCCUGGUCACAUCUUUGGGGGCUUACUAUUUAGGCGAGUACUAUUUUCUCCGGGCCAUUCAGCUGUAUUUUGAACUCCAGGAUGGUGAUGAUACACAGAUGGAACUAGUGCACAUUUUGUUAUGGGUGGCUCAGUCCAAGCUAGUGAGGUGUAAGGCAGAAGAAGUCAUCAUCUUUUAUGAGAUGGCCUUGGCCAUUGCCUUGAAGACUCAAAAUGUGAUAAGUCAACUUCAUGUCACUGAGUCCCUCUGCCAUUUCUAUAGUAAAGUGCAUCCUGACAUCAGAGCCUCCAUUCUAUACCACGAGCACCACGUUCUCCUAGCUCGGCAUCUCCAGGACAGAGAAAAAGAAGGUCACCUUCUACAGGUCCUCAGCCAGCUCUACCAAAGUUUACAAACACCCAGAUCUUUGAAACAGGCAUUGGAUUCUACCAAGCAGAGCCUAAGAAUAUUUAUUGACCUGGAGGAAAAUAUUAAAACAGCCCAGGCCUGGUUACAGGCUGGUAAGCUCUAUUAUCAAAUGCAAGAGAAUGAACUUGUGGAAAUGUAUUUACAGGCAUCCAUAGAGACAGCACUGAAACCCAAAGAGCUGCACCUGGCCAUGGAAUUAUACGAAGAGGCAGGAGAUGUCUUCUUCAAUGGAAUCAAGAACAGGCACAAGGCAGUGGAAUAUUACAGGGGAGGAGCUAUACCUUUGGCCAGGAAACUGAGAGACACAACAACGGAAUUGAGAGUGUUCAACAAGCUAGCUGAACUCCAAAUUGGGCUCCGCAAUUAUGAAAACGCUUUGGAAUUUGCUACCUUGGCAGUCAGACUCAGCGUGGAUGUAGGAGAUCAUUUGCAAGAAUUGGUUGCCUUUCAUCGGCUGGCAACUGUGUAUUACCUUCUGCAAAUGUAUGAGAUGGCUGAAGACUGCUACUUGAGGACGCUUUCUUUGCAUUCACCAGAAUUGCAAGGGGCUCAAGAAGCCAUAUAUUAUUCUAAGGUUUACUACCGACUGGGAGAUCUCACUCUCCACAAAUUAAAGGAUGAGCAAGAUGCAGCCAGUUACUUCUUCUUGGCCUUGGCUGCUGCCACUGAGUUUGAUGACUGCGGUUGGCAAGGCAAGAUCCAAGCCAGGUUGGCUCAAAUAUUUACUGAUUCCCAAACAAAUAAGAAUCCAAGUGGGUGGACAACCUAUCGGGCCCGGUGGUUAAGCGAAGGAAGACAUGAUGUAUGAUCCAUCUGAUCCAUCCAACAGAAUUCACAGCUCACGAUGAAAGGACAUCAUUGUCCCUCUGCCAAGAAAAGAAGAGAAUUGUCAUCUGGUGCUUCUAGUCCCUUGUGUUUCUGAACGAAUAGAAAUCUUGUGGGCUGUUGUAAAUGGAUAUACACUGGCCAUCAGCUAAUGUGCGAGUGUGAGUGAAAAAGCAAGCUCGUUUUUUAAUUUUAUUUUAUCAGCUACAUGUAAAGAAGAUUUCAUUCACAUGCAUGGGCCUUAUUUAAGAGAUUAGAGGGUGUAAAAAAAUCAGUUAAAGCAAGACUGAGAGCCAGCUGGUUGUAAUGAUUAAGACAUUAGGUUAGAAACUGGGUGACUGUGAGUUCUAAUCCUGCCUUAAGCACAAAGCAAGUUGGGUGACCUUGGGCCAGCCACUUUCACCCUUUAGCCAACCACUUCUGAAAAAAACCUCACCAAGAAAACAGCAGACUUCUACGGGCAGUCUCUGAGAAUCAAUAUCAUUGAACAUAAGGGGAAGGAAAAGCAAGAUAAUGAAUGCACACCAUAAAAAGCUGAAAAGAUAUGGGGGUGCAGAUUGUGUGUGAUAAGAAGUAAAUGGGGCUGAUCCUCGGAGAGAAUAUUCAACAUGCACCCAUUCAUCCUCAGUGCCAAAAGGCAAAGUCCUUUACAAGAUAGCGAUCAACAGAAAGCCUCUUGACAGCCUGAGCAAAAGAGAAAGAGUGCGAGAAAUUGCUCUUGCAACAAAUGUGAUUCUUUGUUCCUGUGGAUUUCAUCAGUUAUCUGUGCUUAGACCAGGAAAGGGACAAAAUCCCACCAACCUUGGCUCUGCUCAAAAGGCUAAGCAAAACCAGAUCUAUGUUUCAAUGGAAAACAUGAAAUCCCAGGGUUCAAGC